AUGGAGAGGAAAUUAGGUGUUUGGCCACCUUCCUCCUUUAGACGACCUCGCGCAUCUCCAUACCCAGAUUGGUCCUUAUCGACCACCAAACCGCUGCCCUACCGCCCUUUCCGUUACGGCCCGAGAUAUAAUAUCACCAUGGGCUUACGCAAGAUGGUAUGGGAUGACUGGAUCGAGCUAGAUUCAGACUACCUGUCAUACCACACCCUCAAAGCGCAGCGGAUUCAAGAAAGGGGACAAAAGUGCUGCAGAACAGCUCCAGAAGCCUACGACGCAGCUAUAGAACUGCUAGAAGAGUUAUGCGAGUACCUGAGCGAGCGUUAUCCUGCGUUAUACCGACGCUGGGAAAACGAAGACGGUAGUCGAUGGGGAGUAUCGAAUCUGGUCACGGGCGAGGUCUUUGACGUAGCAGAGCGACCAUUACGAGAGGAUCCCAUGCAAAUGUGCGCACGGCUCGUACAGGACGAUCUAGCCAUCAUGGUGGAAGGGAAGGAUGGGGAUUACUACCUUCUCGCGGGCGCCAUAUUGCUCGCGGGCUUCUGGAGGCUGCAAGACAAGUUCGGCAUGAAGUUGUCCGGGAUUCACACUAGCGGCGACGUGCCUGGGUUCAAGGAUAAGCUGGAAAGAGGCAUGAUGAAUUUUUUCAGGAGGGUGCAGCCGGAGAGUCCGGUUUUGCGGAAUAAUUACUUUUUCCAGGUCGACGACAAGUUGGCGUGGAGUGAGAGUAUUGGUAGCGAGGACUCGGAAGGGAUAGGGUGGUUCACGGCGGAGAAGAACAAGACGAUCGAGAAGCAUUUUUUCCGCAGCGAGAGGCAAAGUUUGAGAAGGUGCGUACAUCCCAUGUUCCGUGCUUUACAAAUAAAGUGUUACCGAAACUACUCGCCAGCAUGA